AUGACGUCAUCUGAGAAUUCCCUGAAGGAACAGGCUCAUAUCCUGUUUGUGAAAGCACUCAGACGUUUUAAUUCAACGCUAAUGAUGAUUAAGUGCCUUGUCUCAGCGGCUGUGGGGAGGGAGAGUUACAACACGACGGCUUGCUCUGAAGUUAAGACACAGGUCAUGCUGUUGACACAGGAGUUAUUGGGUAUAGGAAACUCUGUGAAACUCAAUGAGACAGUGAGGGGGCCUCGGAGGCAUAACGAUACUACUGUUUAUAUGCACUACUGUAGAUUGACAUAACUGUUAGGCUGUAACUGGAUAGGGAGCGACUGGGAGGUAUAUGAAAAGAGAGACAGAUUUACUCAGAGAAAGGAAGAUAGGGAGAGAUACAUUUAAGCGUGAAGGCCUGAGGAAGAGGAGGGGGGUGGGGUACUCUGGUCCCGAUGUGAGGCAGCCUUGCUGGCUGCCUGUUUACAUUUCUCCACUAACGGGAGUGUAUUUUUAACCUCUGACUGUUUUUGUUCUUUGUGCAGGUGCUGGAGAGUCAGGGAAGAGCACCAUUGUGAAACAGAUGAAGUAAGUUGAGCUCCAUGUCUGGCUGGCUCCUCAUUGUUUUGUUUUGCUGCUGUUCCCGUCAAGCAUGACCAAUUAACCCAAUAUCGCAAUCAGACUCUGAUGUCAUUGUCAACACAAGCAGACCGGGACAGUACAUUCUUAAGCUAGAUACCCAGAAUCCUCUACAUAUCCUUUCUUCAGGAGUCCUUUCCCUCAUGCUAUAAUCUAUACAAGGGGUCCCCAAUUACAUUCAGCCAAUUUUAUACUUCAGCAGAUGAUAGGGGGGCCGGAACAUAAUUAUUAAUAAUUUCUACACUACACAUUGACCGCAAGAAGCCCAAACAGAUAUAGUAUUUGACAAAAACCUUGAUUACAUUGGUAUACGAUCAACGAUAUGCCUCUUUAUCUAUGCGUGGGAAUACUUGGGAAUAGCUUUCCUAAGUUAAAAUCACUUUGAGCUGAUUUUCUGGUCAUUUUACAGUCUUUAAUGUCCCCCCCCCCAAAAAAGCAAAUAUCAAAACAUUUGGGGGGCCAAAUCAAAUCAUUCGGGCUGCGGGCCGCCUAUUGUGGAACCCUAUCUGCAUUGACCCUUUUUGCACUAACUCUUUUGACUCAUCACAUAAGCUGCUGCUACUGUUUAUUAUCUAUCCUGUUGCCUAGUCACUUUAUACUUACCUAUAUGUACAUAUCUACCUCAAUUACCUCGUACACCUGCACAUCGACUCGGUAAUGAUACCCUGUGUAUAUAGGCAAGUUAUUGUUACUCAUUGUGUAUUUAUUCCUUGUGUUAUAAUUUUUUCUAUAAUUUUUCUCUCUGUAUUGUUGGGAAGAGCCCGUAAGUAAGCAUUUCACUGUUAGUCUACACCUGUUGUUUACGAAGCAUGUGACAUAAGAUUUGAUUUGAUCUAUACAGUACAUACUGCUUCCUAUACUUAGUCGUAAGCCUGUUUCUUUCUCAACUGUUACAUAUGGGUUUGCGGUCUCCCCGGGAAUGAACAGCCACUCACACACAUGCACACGCUGAUAAAAACGUAUGGACCGUAGGAGUUUUUCUCACCAUGAUUAAUGCAUUGACUCCUUCCCUGCUAGCUCAUAUUCCAAGGAGCUACUCUGACAGUAGAGUAUACAGUUAGUUUAAGUCUACGCUGUACAGGAUGCUCCCUACUAGCCCCGCUGGAUCAUUUGGAACGUACAGUGAGGUCCAUAAGUAUUUGGACAGUGACACAAUUUGCAUCAUUUUGGCUCUGUACGCCACCACAAUGGAUUUGAAAGGAAACAAUCAAGAUGUGCUUUAAAUGUAGACUUUCAUCUUUAGUUUAAGGGUUUUGUCAAAAUUAUUGUAUGAACCGUGUAGGAAUUACAACCAUUUUUAUACAUAGCCCCUCAAUUUUAGGGGCUCAAAAGUAAUUGGGCAAUCUAACAUAAUCAUAAAUUAAAUUGUGAGUUUUAAUACUUGGUUGCAAAUCCUUUGCAGUCAAUGACUGCCUGAAGUCUGGAACCCAUAGUCAUUACCAGAUACUGGGUUUCUUCCCUGGUGAUGCUCUGCCAGGCCUUUACUGCAGCUGUCUUCAGUUCCUGCUUGUUCUUGGGGCGUUUAGCCUUCGGUUUUGCCUUCAGUAAGUGAAGUGCUUCUACACCUGCAUUACUAGCUGUUUGGGGUUUUAGGCUGGGUUUCUGUACAGCACUUCGAGAUAUUAGCUGAUGUAAGAAGGGCUAUAUAAAAUAAAAUUGAUUGAUUGAUUGAAAUGCAUGCUCAAUUUGAUUCAGGUCAGGUGAUUGACUUGACCAUUGCAGAACAUUCCACUUCUUUGCCUUAAAAAAGUAUUGGAUUGCUUUCGCAAUAUGCUUCGGGUCAUUUUCCAUCUGCACUGUGAAGCGCCAUCCAAUGAGUUUUGAAGCAUUUGGCUGAAUCUGAGCAGAUAAUAUAGCCCUAAACUCUUCAGAAUUCAUCCUGCUGCUUUUGUCAGCAGUCACAUCAUCAAUGAAUACAAGGGAACCAGUUCCAUUGGCAGCCAUACAUGCCCACGCCAUAACACUACCUCCACCAUGCUUCACAGAUGAGGUGGUACUUGUAAAUGAACUAAGGAGGGAAUAACACACACCUGGCCAUGGAACAGCUGAGCAGCCAAUUGUCCAAUUACUUUUGGUCUCUUAAAAAGGGGGGACACGCAUAUAAAAAGUGUUGUAAUUCCUACACCGUUCACCCGAUUUGGAUGUAGAUACCCUCACAUUUAAGCUGAAAGUCUGCACUUUCAGCUCAUAUUCAUUAUUUAAUUUCAACUCCAAUAUGCUGUGGUAGACAGCUAAAAUCAUAAUAACUUGGUCAAUGUCCAAAUAUAUAUGGACCUGACUGUAUAGAGAGGAUACAGGUUAUUAGUCUGGUUGCAGAUCUGGACCUGUAUGUUCUGUGCAUAUGACUCUUUUGUCAUGUUUGUUGUCAUGUCAAACAUUUGUGCACAAACUGGAAAGCACAUCGAACAGGUUAGUUACUGGUUAGUGCCCUGUGCAUCUGAACAUCCAGCCAAGCAUACGCAGGAAAUCUACUGUAUCCCCCUGUUUGUGUGGCCUCUGGCUGGGUGCAUUAUAACACAUCCUUCACCUUUUCUUGAACCAUGCAGUUUUUUUCAGGAGUGCUGGGGUAAAUCUGUAGGACUAAAGCUGAUGGUUAUGAGCACCUAGGCUCUGGAGUCACUGUUGUCUCUGUAUAACCCCGUUGCUCAAUCUCACAAAUGAACACACACACUCAAACCGUCAAUCCCUCUCACAGACAUUCAUGAAGACAUACACAGAUGUUACUACCUGGAAUACCAAAACACACACACACCUACCCCCCACAUACACAUCAAUGCAAGCACACACAAUUAUCCUUUAUAUAACCUCACACACGCUCUUCAAUGGUUGAAUUAUUCCUCCACAUUCUCGUCUUGCCAUGCUAUCAAUCCCUCUUUCAUCCACUCACACAGAUCACUUCAACUGACGCUAUUAAACCCUUUCACACUGCACUAAUAACACACACACACCACACCACACACAACCCUGUAAUACAUGGGCGAAACACUGUUAAAACCUCUUUCUACAUCACCUCUUAGCAUUCUUUCAAAUUCUGUGCACAAAUUUGUUCAUAUCCCUGUUAGUGAGCAUUUGUCCUUUGCCAAGAUAAUCCAUUCUCCUGACAGCUGUGGCAUAUCAAGAAGCUGAUUAAACAGCAUGAUCAGUACACAGGUGCACCUUGUUUUGGGGACAAUAAAAGGCCACUCUAAAAUGUGCAGUUUUGUCACACAACGCAAUGCCACAGAUGUCUCAAGCUUUGAGGGAGCGUGGAAUUGGCAUGCUGACUGCAGGAAUGUCCACCAGAGCUGUUGCCAGAGAAUUUAAUGUUAAUUUCUCUACCAUAAGCCACCUCUAACAUCUUUUUAGAGAAUUUGGCAGUACGUCCAACCGGCCUGCCCUCUUUUGUGGGAUUGGCUGGGCCUGGCUCCCCAGUGGGUGGGCCUCGCUCGCAAGUGGGUGGGACUGUGCCCUCCCAGGUCCACUGAUGGCUGCGCCCCUGCCCAGUCAUGUGAAAUCCAUAAAUUAGGGCCUAAUUAAUUAAUUUCAAUUGAGUGAUUUCCUUAUAUGAACUGUAAAUCAGUAAAGAAAAAUGAAAUUGUUGCAUGUUGCAUUUAUAUUUUUGUUCAGUAUAAUUGCCUUUUGUAUAAAUAACUUUUCCACUUACAAGGAAAAGGCUUCAUCAAGAUUUGCUCGGGAAUUUCAAAAUGUUACUUAGAUUUCAGAAUUAAAAUUAAUUCUGCUGUGGUUCUUCUUGACUAUUACCAUUAUGAAUUUGCAAUCUCAUCAGAUCUCAUCUAGGAAAAUGUCUGUUUCUGCAUGAAAUCUAGUUAUUUUUACGUUUUGGGGAAAUUGAACAUGACUUUAAACAAGUAAGUCUCCCUACAACCUCCCCAGCCAGCGUGGCUCUUUGGUGUGUUGUCUCCGCUGAAUUGUAAUUGAGAAAAACACUUCUGUGUGCUCAUUCUUUAAGUCCCAUUUGGCCUUUGUCCUAGCGUGCUCCCUUGCAUUCCAAUUAGUUUGAUUGAGAACGCCUCACCGCAGGGCCCCUUCCAUGCUCCCAGAGGGCAUUUGUGUGACUAGACGGGGAAAAUAUAUUUGUUUCGUAGCGUAGGAGCACCUGUCUUGGCCUGGCCACUUUUUACUGUCACUUUUUUCAGUCUCCCUCCUCCAUACUAUAGUCUAUUUGUUUUAGUUUUAGUGUAGUGUUCUCUCAGCAGAGACCUGAGCUUCCCUGAGCUUCCCCCACAGACCAGUAACGUCUGUAUGGACUGAAGUAUACAGUAUGCAUAGUACAGCCAAUGAUUAAAGUAGAGGGUACUUGAUUCAAUGAUAAAAUAAAUGCUCCGGAACUUUGGCGACUAGUAAGUAUUUUUUAAACCUCCAGCUUUCACACAGGCAUAGUAUAUGAGCAGAAUAAAAGUUUUACCUCAAUUAACCACAAAAUCCUGACUGUUUCCUGGAAGCUAUGCUGUGCCAUUUUCCCUACAUUUUCCCCUACGUGGGCCCAGACCCUUAGCAAUUUGAGUUUUAGCCAAUAAGUUUCACCCCCUCGCCAUAUGACUGACAGCUAGCAAGAGGCUCAUCAUGCACUCACAGCAGAGUGAGAGAGCGAGCAAUGACAUGGUGCAAAUAUCUGCACAUACACUACAUGACCAAAAGUAUAUGGACAACUGCUCAUCGAACAUCUCAUUCCAAAAUGAUGGGCAUAAAUAUGGAGUUGGUCCCCCAUUUGCUGAAUGGAAGCAAGUCCCCGCAGCAAUGUUCCAACAUCUAGUGGAAAGCCUUCCCAGAAGAGUGGAUGCAGUUAUAGCAGCAAAGGGGGGACCAACUCAAUAUUAAUGCCCAUGAUUUUUAAAUGAGAUGUUCAUCGAGAAGUUGUCUGUGCAGGCCAGUCAAGUUCUUCCACACCGAUCUCGACAAACCAUUUCUGUAUGGACCUCACUUUGUGCAUUGUCAUGUUGAAACAGGAAAGGGCCUUCUCCAAACUGUUGCCACAAAGUUGGAAGCACAGAAUUGUCUAGAAUGUCAUUGUAUGCUGUAGCGUUAAAAUGACCCACUCCCUCUCUCCCUCCUGUUUAAAUGUCCCACCCCCUCUCUCCCUCCUGUUUAAAUGUCCCACCCCCUCUCUCCCUCCUGUUUAAAUGUCCCACCCCCUCUCUCCCUCCUGUUUAAAUGUCCCACCCCCCUCUCUCCCUCCUGUUUAAAUGUCCCACCCCCUCUCUCCCUCCUGUUUAAAUGUCCCACCCCCUCUCUCCCUCCUGUUUAAAUGUCCCAUCCCCCUCUCCUCCUGGUUUUAAUGACCCACCGUCUCUCUCCUCUCCUGUUUAAAUGACCCCCCGUCUCUCUCUCUCCCUGUUUAAAUGUUCCCCACCCCCUCUCUCCCUCCUGUUUAAAUGACCCACCGUCGCUCUCUCUCCUGUUUAAAUGUCGCCACCCCCCUCUCUCCCUCCCUGUUAAAUGACCCACCCCCUCUCUCUCUCCUGUUUAAAUGACCCAAGUCCGUCCUCUCUCGUUCAUCCUGUUUAAAUGACCCACCCCCCCUCGCCCCUCCGGUUUAAAUGAAGACCCACCGUCUCUCUCCCUCCUGUUUAAAUGUCCCCACCCCCUCUCUCCUCCUGGUUUAAAAAUGACGCCACCGUCUUCUCUGCUCUCCUGUUUAAAUGUCCCCACCCCUCUCUGCCCUCCUGUUUAAAUGACCCACCCCCUCUCUCUCUCCUGUUUAAAUGACCCACCGUCUCUCUCUCUCCUGUUUAAAUGACCCACCCCCCCUCUCCCUCCUGUUUAAAUGACCCACCGUCUCUCUCCCUCCUGUUUAAAUGUCCCAUCCCCCUCCCUCCUGUUUAAAUGACCCACCGUCUCUCUCCCUCCUGUUUAAAUGACCCACCAUCUCUCUCUCUCCUGUGUCUGUCAGGAUCAUCCAUGAGGAUGGCUACUCAGAAGAGGAGUGUAAACAGUACAGAGCUGUGGUCUACAGCAACACCAUCCAGUCCAUCAUGGCCAUCAUCAAGGCUAUGGCCAACCUCAAGAUCGACUACGAAGAGGCUGCUCGAGCGGUAAGACACACACACACACACACACACACACACACACACACACACACACACACACACACACACACACACACACACACACACACACACACACACAGAGUGUCUGAGUCCAUCCACCUGAGCAGCCACUGUUCUCUCUGCAUACGCCUCACUGCUGCUCCAAAAGCCAACCAGCCCUUGAACCGCACCCACUCUUCUCACAAAACAGACUUCUCCACUUUGUCCCUAUUCUCUAGUCCAGCUCUAAUCUGUCUGAAGUGAGGCGGGGGAAAUGAUCUAUGCUCAAGUAUCUCCUCUUCCUGAAGUGCUAAGUGACAAUAGCCUCCAGACAGUUUAGAGUUUCGAGUAGUAUAGCCUCCCAGACCUUGAAUGAGGUGGAGUGAGUGAAUGCCAUACAGUGAUGUGCCAUGUGUACUCAGUCCUGCUGCUCAUGUGUGUCAUUAGACUAGGGGGACCACUGCAGAGCUGAGCUGCCUGUCUGGCCAGUGGGCACUACUGAGAGUAAUGACACAACAAUAAAAAACUAUCCAUGUGUUCUUAGUAAGAGAUAAUUAUAGUCAUGCCCCCCAUGUCUUUCCCAAAUAUGAUUUACAGUUCAUCUCUGUGCAGAUAGGAAUCUUAUGAAAGAUUUGCCUGUUCUUUAUAUUACCAACCUAUCAGAAGUAUUAUUAACUGAGCGAUCUGCUCACUCUCUACAAAGUCUAAUAUUGGAUUUGAUCAAGUGUUGAGAUAAAUACUUUAUUUUGUACUACUUGCCGGUAUUACUUUCCUGUGCAGAGGAGGUAUGGAGAGGGCAGAGUGUUCUCCCACUGGUAUGUGUCAGAGUUGGUUUAUUGGAGGUAGCUAGCUCUGCAAGAGAUAUUCCUGCUACAAAUCUCUGCAGGUCUGGCAGUGUCUCUCAAAAUAAUUAAAAUACAGAAAUCAAAACUUCCCAGCUGUGAAACUAAUCCAGUGUAAUGUAUUAUAACCUAACCUGUUCGACAUAAUGAAUUCAGAAUGAUAAUGUUGUACACCAAAAGACAGGCUACAUUCUCCAACAAUGGGCUUUGUGGAUUAUGCUGCUCUACUAGCUCUAAGCAGAGGCAUGUAUUUAGAUAUAUGGCUCUGGAUACAAAGAAGCUUGCAGAGGAAACGCUCACUCAUAUACCUAGCAUGUGACUGAUGAACUGUUCCAAUAUCUGGAGUGAGGGAUGCUGCUUAAGAUUGCUUUGUGAAGCAGUAGAUUUGGAUGUAUCAUAGUAAGUGUUAGACCUGGUUGCCAUACCUUUUUAUUUCAUUUAGGUGAAUAGUUGCUCUGUCUUUAUAGAUGGUGGUUGAUAAAGUGCUUUACAUUGUAUGGCACUAAUGCAUCUCAUUCACUACAAAUGUGCAGCACCCAUGCCUAUUGAGAUAUGCCUUUUGUUAAGUCAUUUAGGUGUUAGAAAUCAAGUGAAAAGGAGACUGGAGUAGGAAUUUAAAUAGAAAUGGAGUAGGAAUGGGCUGUAGGCUUAUUCCUGUCUCAGCCCAAUCUGUACACACACGCACACGCAUUACAGCUGGCUCAUCUAAUACCACUCCCAGUGAGUAUGUAGUGCUGAAGGGGACAGGGCUCGCUCUCUAGUCCCCCACUGCAGUAUAUUUAUCAGCUGUAUUCACUGCUGCAGCAGCUAACUCAGCCAUGCUAACUUCCUUUACAAAGCACCUCCUCAGGGGUGAGACUGUAAGAGGGAGUGCUACUCAAAAUGUACUGGUGUCUUACUCUCUUAGCCUGAUAGUUUAGUUUACUACAUGUUCUAUAGAUUGGCUGUUUAAAGCCCUAGUUUUCAUUUUACACACUUAGGGUUGCGGAAUUCCGGUAACUUUUCAAAAAAAUGCCAGGUUUUCCAGAAAUCCGGUUUGGAGGAUUCUCGCAAUCAGGAGGGAAUAAGCCGGAAAACCGUAAUCCUCAACCAGGAUUUCUGGAAAACCAGGGAAAUAAAGGGAAAUGACCAUCAUUUUGCAACCUAUACACACCAUACUUUUCUCUCUUAUUGUGCACACCUUAAGGGCUCUUGAAGGGAGGAGGUGGGCUCAGGUGUCGUAGUCUUGACACGAUACGGUACAUUAUCCUUCAGUCCCCAUAAAACUAGUCUGUUUAUCACAGACUUUAAAUACCACACAAUACACUCACUCAAGUACAUACUCCAUUUCCUAUGACCCACUUUAAAGAGGACUUGAGAUCACCUGGUGUGAGGAGUUGUUUUGAUUCCUCUGCUUAUAACUCCCUCCUUCACUUAUAAACCAGUCCAUGGGCUGGGUUAGACUGGGUUAGACUGGGGGAGGACUGGGCAGACACAAGUUAACCAGCUGUAUGGAACUUAGGCCCACGUCUCUUCUCAGUCAAUGCAGCUUUAGGAGUUUGUCCGAGUUUUCCCUGGAAAGCAUCGAUGCACGGAGGGAUGGUCAAGAGGGUUUUGUGGUGCGCUAAGCCGAUGUGGGAGCUGUGUAAUCGGCCCUUCUCAUGCUCUGUUUGUAUGUAUGUAUCUGCGUGAGUCAGCGUGGGACCAUGCUAGGGGAAAGCCCUACACCACAUUCUGUGUGUAAGUCAGGGCUGAGACCUGGCUGAAACCUGGCUGUGUCUACAGGUAUAAUUACCUCAGUCAUCCUGUUCUCAUGGACCCUUCUAGAGGGGAGCUGUGCCCUGGGGUGCUCCCCUGUGGCUACUCUGAAUGAUGAGUCCCCUGUAUGGCUGGCUAAAACACACACAGACACACGCACACACACACAUACACACACACACACACACACACACACACACACACAGAGCUCUGAGUAAGAGUGAGGACAGUCUCUCCAGUGUAUAGGGAUGAUUACUGUGUUUAAUGGUUCUUCUGUUUGUAGUGCAGACUGUCGGAUUGUGUCCUCCAGUCUAAUUGACCUUGUGAGACCUGAUCUAUUACUGUCUGCUUUACCAUGGCCAAGUUUAUUAACGUUGAUUAGUUAAGGUCUCUUGUCUGUUCCACUUGGUCUGACUCAUUCCUAACCCUGUGUGUGUCUGUGUCUCCCGCCUCCAGGACGAUGCCCGCCAGCUGUUUGCCCUGUCGGGGGCUGCUGAGGAGCAGGGCAUCCUGCCAGACGACCUGUCCAACGCCAUGCACAGGCUGUGGGGCGACGGAGGGGUGCAGGGCUGCUUUACGCGCGCCCGCGAGUACCAGCUCAAUGACUCGGCUGCCUAGUGAGUAAUGACCACCACCACUCUGCCCACUCGGCUACGUACUUAUGCCAGGCUCAUAGUCUACUUUGUCAUGGUCCUCCUCUUCUCCAUGUUACCAUAUAGUACCUGUAAGGCUGUAACCAAAGCUGUUGAUAUGCAAUUUUUAUGUGAAAUGUCUAACUUUUAAAAACAUUUUUGGGAAACUACAAAAACAUAAACGGCCUACCUGUAACUUAUUCAUACUCCAUAGGAAGGGAACUUUUGGAAGACCUUAGUACCAUUAGCUCAGCCACUCUCUCAAUGUGCCCCUCCUUGAUCACAAACCUUAAUGGGGCCUGUUGAAAUAGGCUGAGCAGUGAUUUUACUGGAUUUACCUUCUGAAUCUGGGGGCAAAGCAAUCGGGGAGUUUUGGGGAAGCAGCAGCAGCAGCAGGGUAAACCAGCAGGCUCUGAUUCUGAUGGCUUCACAGCACAGUGACUCCUAAACCCCCCUCCCGUCCCCCCUCGGUCUCCCAUCUAUAUCUUAAGGGGAUUAAGAGAUCAAGGCUGCGUGCGCUAUGUGUUAACGCUUUGUUGAGAAACCAAUUGGUUUAUAAAUAGGGGUUAGUCUGACUGAACUUCCAGGAAUUUUCGCAAGCCUAAUUUCCCCUGAAUCAAUUUCUGAUGAGAGGACCAGUUCCUGAGAUAAUAGAUUGGAUCAAUCACAUUGAUGAUGGGAGUAAAGAAACAACCAACAUGUUUAUUACAAACGGAUGACUCACACUUGUUUAGAGAGCAGUUUACAGAAAACGGCAUGUACCUUAACUGUAAUGUAGUGUGAAAAAUGUUUUUAAUUCACCUGUAUAGUCCCCAUUAUAGUCCCCAGCCUGAAUAUGUUUUCUAUGUUGUUGUUUUCCUGUAAGGUUUUUUAAUGGCCAAGGCAAAUUUGAGGUGGAAACAGACAAUGAAAUGCUAUCUUCUAACUGCUGAUGGUGUUCAUUUAUUAGUUACAUUUGAUGUUCUAAAAUGCCUUUCCUUUGAUUUAGCUUACCAACAAUAUUUCUGGAGAUGGGUCUGAAUGUAGUUUUAGUUCUGUUCUGAAACCUCUGUGUAGUUCUGUGUCCAAAGUCUGUCUGCAUUGGGGCAGCCUGCUCAGCCACCCACGCUAGUAGAGCUGUCCUGUCCCGCUGUGUGUGGAAAUAGCAUGGAAAUGCCACCGAAUAGCAGCGAGAGCUCUGAAGUCAGGGUGGAGGACAGUGUGGUUUCACAGUGACUGCUCACAUAUGCAGUCACUCCCUCUUUCCCUCUCUCCUUCUCCCUCUCUGCUGGCCAUGAGGCAGCUAUCAGGAACAUUUAGCCUGAAUGAGGGAGUCACUGGGGUAUCCAGGGAUUGGUGGCAGUUUGUGGUUGGCACAGACCAUGCCAUGCCUGGUUGCAGCCUUUAGACCAGGGCUAUUAAAAUCCUGGCUCGAGGUCUGCAGCACUGCUGCUUUUCCUUUCUACUCUACCUGGCUCUUGAUUGAUGUCAUUGAUUGGCCAGAGAGAUCACUCACCUGGUGUCCCAGGUCUGAGUCAGUCCCUGAAACCAGCAGUGCUAUGCAUCUCUGCACCCAGAUUUACGGUUCUAUGCUCUGGUUCUCACAGCGAUCAGUCAACAGAUGCUACAGUGUACGGCUAUGCUAUUGUCCCAGGUUAGUCCUUUAUAGUGACUCCCAUUGUACGUAUUCCUCUAUGUAGAACAACAACAGGUCUCAUGUCACAUCCAAUAUACAGUGAGGGGAAAAAAGUAUUUGAUCCCCUGCUGAUUUUGUACGUUUGCCCACUGACAAAGAAAUGAUCAGUCUAUAAUUUGAAUGGUAGGUUUAUUUGAACAGUGAGAGACAGAAUAACAACAAAAAAAUCCAGAAAAACGCAUGUCAAAAAUGUUAUAAAUUGAUUUGCAUUUUAAUGAGGGAAAUAAGUAUUUGACCCCCUCUCAAUCAGAAAGAUUUCUGGCUCCCAGGUGUCUUUUAUACAGGUAACGAGCUGAGAUUAGGAGCACACUCUUAAAGGGAGUGCUCCUAAUCUCAGCUUGUUACCUGUAUAAAAGACACCUGUGCACUGAAGCAAUCAAUCAAUCAGAUUCCAAACUCUCCACCAUGGCCAAGACCAAAGAGCUCUCCAAGGAUGUCAGGGACAAGAUUGUAGACCUACACAAGGCUGGAAUGGGCUACAAGACCAUCGCCAAGCAGCUUGGUGAGAAGGUGACAACAGUUGGUGCGAUUAUUCGCAAAUGGAAGAAACACAAAAGAACUGUCAAUCUCCCUCGGCCUGGGGCUCCAUGCAAGAUCUCACCUCGUGGAGUUGCAAUGAUCAUGAGAACGGUGAGGAAUCAGCCCAGAACUACAUGGGAGGAUCUUGUCAAUGAUCUCAAGGCAGCUGGGACCAUAGUCACCAAGAAAACAAUUGGUAACACACUACACCGUGAAGGACUGAAAUCCUGCAGCGCCCGCAAGGUCCCCCUGCUCAAGAAAGCACAUAUACAGGCCCGUCUGAAGUUUGCCAAUGAACAUCUGAAUGAUUCAGAGGAGAACUGGGUGAAAGUGUUGUGGUCAGAUGAGACCAAAAUGGAGCUCUUUGGCAUCAACUCAACUCGCCGUGUUUGGAGGAGGAGGAAUGCUGCCUAUGACCCCAAGAACACCAUCCCCACCGUCAAACAUGGUGGAAACAUUAUGCUUUGGGGGUGUUUUUCUGCUAAGGGGACAGGACAACUUCACCGCAUCAAAGGGACGAUGGACGGGGCCAUGUACCGUCAAAUCUUGGGUGAGAACCUCCUUCCCUCAGCCAGGGCAUUGAAAAUGGGUCGUGGAUGGGUAUUCCAGCAUGACAAUGACCCAAAACACAUAGCCAGGGCAACAAAGGAGUGGCUCAAGAAGAAGCACAUUAAGGUCCUGGAGUGGCCUAGCCAGUCUCCAGACCUUAAUCCCAUAGAAAAUCUGUGGAGGGAGCUGAAGGUUCGAGUUGCCAAACGUCAGCCUCGAGAAACCUUAAUGACUUGGAGAAGAUCAGCAAAGAGGAGUGGGACAAAAUCCCUCCUGAGAUGUGUGCAAACCUGGUGGCCAACUACAAUACAUUUUUGACCUCUGUGAUUGCCAACAAGGGUUUUGCCACCAAGUACUAAGUCAUGUUUUGCAGAGCGGUCAAAUACUUAUUUCCCUCAUUAAAAUGCAAAUCAAUUUAUAACAUUUUUGACAUGAGUUUUUCUGGAUUUUUUUGUUGUUAUUCUGUCUCUCACUGUUCAAAUAAACCUACCAUUAAAAUUAUAGACUGAUCAUGUCUUUGUCAGUGGGCAAACGUACAAAAUCAGCAGGGGAUCAAAUACUUUUUUCCCUCACUGUAGGUCUAGUCAUGCUUCUAAUGUCUGACCCCAACACAGCCUGCCUACAUGCCACAGGCUAUCAGCUCUCUCUGGAGCUUCUCCACAGAGCCACUCAUUAACAUUGAGGCCUUUAACUGAGUCAAUGUAAUGUAAUGCUCCGUCAGUGUAAUGUAGUACUAAGUUGUUGGUCUAAUGAUGAAAGAAAACACAGUAACACUGCAAGACUCUCUCUCCCCAAUGCUGCUGUAGUGUGGUGUAGGUUAGAGGCCCUUAUCACCGGGGCCCGCAGGGCCCCUCAAUCACUCUAUAUGGAAAUGUAGAGAACACCACAUCCCCUGAUACCACUAUUCCUGAUACACUCACCGUCUAUGUGACUGGAAAACCACUUGUGCAUGUAUCCCCACCUGCAACAGAGGGAGAGUGUUGUACUUGUUCUUAGGCGAGUACAUUAGACCCAAGGGCUCUUGGUGAGAUUGCAUAGUGCCAAGGAAAUGGGCUCUAAAAUGCAUGACAGGAUAGCGUGUCACAAAAUGAUUGCCUGGCAUCCGACUAAAUAUUAAAAGAGCAGCGUGAGCGAUAUAGUUCUCUCUCCCCCUUUUGUAUUACCAAGUCUAAUCAUAACUUUUUAAUCCCGCUCGCUCACUCACUCACUCAUUCACUCACUCACUCACUCAUUCACUCGCCCUGCUCUUAUUAAAACUCUGGCUUUCUGGUAAGCGUAUUGUUGUGGAGGCGGUGAUGAGGAUUUACAUUAUUUCAUCAGGCCUCUCCAGAGCACUUUGACUACUGUAGUUAGACUUCCUGUGUGCUUCAACAAUAUCAGCCUCCAGACUGUCAUCUAUCUCAGAGCACAGGGAGAGGCCCGAUCACCUCUCAGCAGGCUAGAAUCACUCCUACAGCUCCACUACUGUAACUCACCUCCUCUCCAAAGGCCAAAUCCCUGAGCAAAUGAAUCAAAGCAUAGAGCUAAUAACCAUAAUAAUGUUGAACCAUUGCUAGAGGGAGGAGGUGGAGGGGGAGGAGGAGGGUUUGUAAAUUGUAACUGUAAGCCCACAGGAUUCAAUUAAGCUCUGGAUGCUAGAAAUCAAAAGCUCAAAUUAAGCAAUGUUUCAAUAUGUGAAUCCCUCACAACAAAGGAGGCCUUUCUCUUUGGGGCGUGGGAUAAGAGUCCUUCAAUCAGAGAUGUUGGUUUGUGAUGAAGGAAGGAGUGUGUGUGGAGAACACUUUUAAUGUACGCACAGACUUGUUUUAGGCAGGAUUACAGCGAACACAAAUACUUUGUUAUGUGAUGGAACGCCACGUCACGAUGUUGAUGUACAAUCCUCUGUGUAAACCUCAGCUCAGGGCACACUGUUUAUAGAACAGUCUCUAGAAGUCAACCUCUGCAGGUAUAAACACAGAGAGGGAACCUGAGAAUGUGAGGGUGGUAAAUCGUGUCAGUCUGUAGUCCAAUGAUAGGUGAAUAUGACGGUGGCUGAUGGUACCGUACAGUGACGAGGCACACCAUCCAGAACAUCUUUAUAAGGCAGAAGAAUAACUGUGUGAUUUAAAAUGUUGAGCCAUUGAUUUGAUUCAAAAUGUGAAGCCCACAUCACCCACUAGUCCCAACCUCCCAUCCCCCGUCUCCAUCCAGCCGUUCAGAUAGAGGCGUCAGAGGGUCAGGAGAUGUCCUCUAUAUUCAAAUGACGUAACGGGCCGCUGCUGCUAAAUAAAUGAACAGACAGCUUCUUCCAAACAAAGCUUGAUUGCCAUGAAUGAAAGGCCUCAAAAACCAUUUAAUUACAUCCUGGCCGUCCAGCUGAGGCCACAUGAGAGGAAUCUGACAGGGCCCGCUGACCUGGCUGUCUGCAGCGCUAUGACUAACACAAUUGUUUUCUCUCUCAACAGGCGCAAUCAGAUGGUUUUCCAGGGAUCUAAUGCCCUUGUCAUUUGUGUGUGUGUGUGUGUGUGUGUGUGUAAAUGUGUUGAGUCAGCCUGUCGGCAUCUCCUGGCAGAUUGAGUGCUGAUGCGUAUCGUAUCCACCAUAGAUUGGGCACUUCAGAUAGUCAAGCAAAUAGAAACUGAUGGGUCUUUAUCCAGUUAGUGGUGAGUUUAUAUUGAUGAGGGUUAAAGAAACAGAUAUCACCAAUACCAUUAACAAUGUGGCCAAACCAGUGGUGCAGAGCUGGAUCCCUGAAACGCUGUGACCCUAGGCUUAGUGAGGGUCCACCUGGUUUUUAAUCUGACAGCUGUGUGUAUCUGUAUUCUGACGUGUGUGUGUGUGUGUGUGUGUGUGUGUCUGUAUUCUAACGUGUGUGUAUGUCUGUAUUCUGAUGUGUGUGUGUUGGCCCUGUCAGCUACCUAAAUGACCUGGAGAGGAUAGCCAAAUCAGACUACAUCCCCACACAGCAGGAUGUGCUGCGGACCAGAGUCAAGACCACUGGCAUCGUGGAGACACACUUCACCUUCAAAGACCUGCACUUUAAGUGAGUGGACCACUGACGUACUAGUGUGUGCGUGCAUGUGAAUGCACCUGCGUGUGUGUGAGUGCACCAGUUCCCCAUUGUAAAUCAGAGGUUCCUCCUUCAUAUUCUAAUAUGUAUUGUUCCAGCAGAGAGCAGUGGUUUAGUUUCUCUGUGUGUUGUUAAGGUAGUGAAUGUGAGAUGAGUGGCCUGAUCCUGUCUCAGAAGUUAGCCUCAGGAUGUAGUAUGCUUAACACGAACAUGAUUAAUUUUGAACCCGCUGCUCGCACCAUUGCCCAAACGCAAAAUAACCUCUCUGUUUCUUCUUUCCUCUCUGUCUUUUGGAGUGAAGCUAGUGAUGUGAUAUUCCUCGAAGGCACCAUUUUGUCUGGUUGUUACUUUGAAAAUACAAUUUCCAGCUGACUGACCCUGGUUCUCUCCAUUUGUCUCUGUCUGUCUCUGUGUGUGCUGUUAGUUUGUGUGUGCCUCGGUGUGUAUGGUGGGAAGGUUGUGUGAGAAAGUGUUGAUGGACUGGUUGAUGUGUUUACUGGCAGUGGCUUCAGAAAUCCAUUUUCAUUUGAAUGUGGGAAUUGGAUACAUGCCUCUAUGCCUCCUUAUCCUGGAUAACAUAACUAUUUCUCAGUCAUCUGUCUAUCCAUGUCUUAAUGAUAAAAUACAGAGGAAAAUCCAGGUUAAAUGUCAAUACCACCACCACCUUUACACAUCAAAUGGAAUAGAGGCUUCCAAAUGGAGUCAGGAUACACUUUUUUCAAAGCACUGAAAAUCAAAACGUGUGUGUGCGUGCAGAAGGCUGUGUGUGUGCGUGCGUGCAUCUGUCUGUGUGUGUCUGUCUGUGUGUACUCUGUAUACAGAGACACAUGUUUGGGUGUGUUUGUACACAAACACAAAUAACAUAACGUUCCCCUGCCUGCCCUGCAGCAGUGUUAGCUAUUGUUUAUCUGGGCUGAUGGAAUCAGGUUACAGUGAGUGAUAUUAAAGCUGAUGAGAGCCCUGUUGAGGUGAGUACCACUCUUUACAGCCAUGAACAUUACAGCCCUGCAGUAAGGAGCUGUGCUUACACAGCCUGCCAACACAUAGCAUAGUAGCACUCCAUUACAUAGGAACUUCAUCCAAAUAUCAGCUGAAUUUCUAGCAGGGCUGACAGUACAAAAACUAAACUGACAGUCUGGUACUGUAUAUGCCAAACAUAAGACUUCCAUGCCACGGUCUCAGUAUUUAUUCUUAUUCUCCAUGUUUUGAAAUGUAACUUCCUUGGUGGUGGUGAUUAGUAAAUAUCUCAGAUGGGUACCACAGCCCAGACCGGAACUGGGGCAUCCUCUCAUCAUCUCGCCCCACGUGCCAGGUCGGUGGGUUGGUCGGUGGGUGAUGUCCUCAUGAAUAAGUCAUGCGUGGCUCAAUCGUGUCAACAAACAGACAUUACCAAAUCGCCUCCCUCAGCUCCUCAGCCCCGUCCGUCUGCAGCCUGCCUGCCUCGUAACCAUGGCAAUGUCACUGUACCAAAAUACUAACAAAAUGCCAGGGAAAAUGCCAGGGUCUGUGCAGCAAAGGGUCUUGCCCAAUGGAGACAGAGAGAGACAACGAGAGAAACAGAGACAGAGAGACACAGAUGGAGAGGGAGAGAGCGGUAGAGACUGAGAGGAGGCAGACUGACUGCAGUGCACAUAGAGAGAGAAGGUCCCCAGAGGAAGGCUAGCUGCUCUGAGUACAGAGAGACCCUCAGGCCUCCCCUCUCCUCCAGGCCCAGCCUGAGUUAAUGGAGUGUGGGAGCUCCUCCAGGAAUGUCAAAUUAUCAUGGUGCUUCCCUGUUAUUGGUGUAAUUAUGGAUCCCAAUACGGAGGUCAUGAAUGGCCCUGCAGAAAACUUCCCCUCCUGUGUUUCCAGAUCCAAAUAGACUGGAUAGGUUUAAGCAACAUUGGGGAAGCUCCUGUAAAAGCUCUAGGGGGUGGCAGCACCAUAUUGUUUACACCUAUCCACUUAUUCCAAAUCUGCACACAUCAAAGGAGUGACAGGGCUAGACUAGAGGUUGUUCUGGGUGUUGGGGCUGGGUAUACAGUACCACUAGUGAACAAGGGCUCCCGAGUGGCGCAGCAGUCUAAGGCACUGCAUCUCAGUGCUUGAGGCGUCACUACAGACCCUGGUUCGAUUCCAGGCUGUAUCACAACCGGCCGUGAUUGGGAGUCCCAUAAGGUGGCGCACAAUUGGACCAGCGUCGUCCGGGUUUGUCAGGUGUAGGCCGUCAUUGUAAAUAAGAAUUUGUUCUUAACUGACUUGCCUAGUUAAAUAAAGGUAAAAUAAAAAAUUUAAUUAAAUGGGUGACCCUCACUGUCUCCUUGUGUCCCUGCAGGAUGUUUGACGUGGGUGGCCAGCGUUCUGAGAGGAAGAAGUGGAUCCACUGCUUUGAGGGAGUCACAGCCAUCAUCUUCUGUGUGGCCAUGAGUGCCUAUGAUCUGGUGCUGGCUGAGGACGAGGAGAUGGUGAGGAAGCAGAACACUGUUGUCCUUUAAGUGCCACUGACUAGAUCUCUCUUACCCCUUUUAAUGCUAUUUUAUUUCUAAAGGAAAUUGCUUCACUUUCAUUUUGAGUUGUCUGGAUCAACUGGAAUUAAAUAAUGUUUUGUUUUCAUUCCCUCUCUCCCUCCCUCCCUCGCUCCCUCCCUUGCUCUCUCUCUCUCUCCAUCUCUCCAUAGAACCGUAUGCACGAGAGCAUGAAGCUGUUUGACUCCAUCUGCAACAACAAGUGGUUCACAGAGACCUCCAUCAUCCUGUUCCUCAACAAGAAGGAUCUGUUUGAGGAGAAGAUCACCCACAGCCCCCUGACCAUCUGCUUCCCAGAGUACUCUGGUAAGACCAUAACACAACUCUGCAUCCUGAAUGUUCCAUAUUCACUUGUAGUUGGCAGUGUUUGUAUGUUGACAUUCUCAUGUUAGACUUGGAGGAGGUGUAGUUUUUACCAGUAGAAGGAAUCUAGUGGCAAGAUGUGUACACUACAUGACCAAAACUAUGUGGACACCUGCUCGUCAAACAUCUCAUUCCAAAAAUCAUGGGCAUUAAUAUGGAGUUGGUCCCCCCUUUGCUGCUAUAAUAGCCUCCACUCUUCUGGGAAGGCUUUCCACUAGAUGUUGGAACAUUGCUGCGGGGGCUUGCUUCCAUUCAGCCACAAGAGCAUUAGUGAGGUCGGGCACUGAUGUUGGGCGUUUAGCCCUGGCUCGCAGUUGGCGUUCCAAUUCAUCCCAAAGGUGUUCAAUGGAGUUGAGGUCAGGGCUCUGUGCAGGCCGGUCAAGUUCUUCCGCACCGAUCUCAACAAACCAUUUCUGUAAGGACCUCGCUUUGUGCACGGCGGCGUUGUCAUGCUGAAACAGGAAAGGGCCUUCCCCAAACUGUUGCCACAAAGUUGGAAGCACAGAAUUGUCUAGAAUGUCAUUGUGUGUUGUAGCGAUAAGCUUUCCUUUCACUGGAACUAAGGGGCCUAGCCGGACCAUGAAAAACAGCCCCAGACCAUUAUUCCUCCUCCACCAAACUUUACAGUUGGCACUAUGUAUUCGGGCAGGUAGCGUUCUCCUGGCAUCUGCCAAACCCGAUUAGUCCGUCGGACUGCCAGAUGGUGAAGCGUAAUUCAGCACUCCAGAGAACGCGUUUCCACUGCUCCAGAGUCCAAUGGCGGCGAGCUUUACACCACUCCAGCCGACACUUGGCAUUGUUCAUGGUGAUCUUAGGCAUGUGUGCGGCUGCUCAGCCAUGGAAACCCAUUUAAUUAAGCUCCCAACAAACAAUUAUUGUGCUGAUGUUGCUUCCAUAGGCAGUUUGGAACUCGGUAGAGAGUGUUGCAACCGAGGACAUAUUCUUUUUACGCGCUAUGCGCUUCAGCACUCGGCAGUCCCAUUCUGUGAGCUUGUGUGGCCUACCAUUUCGCGGCUGAGCCGUUGUUGCUCCUAGAUGUUUCCACUUCACAAUAUCAGCACUUACAGUUGACCAGGGCAGCUCUAGCAGGGAAUACAUUUUAUGAACUGACUUGUUGGAAAGGUGGCAUCCUAUGACAGUGCCACGUUGAAAGUCACUGAGCUCUUCAGUAAGGCCAUUCUACUGCCAAUGUUUGUCUAUGGAGAUUACAUGGCGGUGUGCUCGAUUUUAUACACCUGUCAGCAACAGGUGAGGCUGAAAUAGCUGAAUCCACUAAUUUGAAGGGGUGUCCACAUACUUUUGUGUGUAUAUAUAGUGUAGCUUGACAAACCCCAUGAAUCCCAUCGGUAGAGCAGGUCAACUUCUCCACCUGAUACUAGUUUUCUCCUUGCAUGAUGCAUGCAGACUCAGUAGCACAACCUUUCUAAUUCUAUGGGCACAACACUGUCUUAACCUCUCCUAUGCCCAGGUCCCAACACAUUUGAGGAGGCCCAGGCCUACAUCCAGACCAAGUUUGAGGACCUGAACAAGAAGAAGGACACCAAGGAGAUCUACAGCCACUUCACCCAAGCCACCGACACCAAGAACGUUCAGUUUGUCUUCGACGCUGUCACCGAC